CUGUGUCCUGUCUAUUUGCUGCUCCACCUCCUCCUAGGGUUAAGCUUUUGAGCCACAUUUUCCUCUUGAAUGUCUAAGGAAAAUGCGCAUCCAAUCGUGCCUCAAAUUUCUAGAGGAGAAAUCACAGAGGAACAAAAGGCUCGCAUUUCUCUGAACUUCAGAGCCGCAAAGGCACUGCUCGCUCGCAAAAGGCCUAAAAUUGUGGAUGAAAAUGAAAUUGCCACCCCAGUUCGGGUUGCUAGCAUCAAGAGAGUUCCUCUUGCAGAAUUACGGACAAACACGCCAUCCCCAUCUUUUUUGAUGGGGGUCAAGUCAACAGGUUGUGAAAAUAGCAGCAGUUCCUGUUCCAGGGGCUUAACUAUCAAUCGGAUGGAAUUAAUUGAUCAUAGUUCUAGAGCAAGCAGGAUUGGUGUUCCUUUAGAGAAUGAACAGAUGUUAGAUUCUUUUAAAACUCCUCUGAAACAACCAGAAUGUUCUACUUUAAUUGACUCCGUUUCGAUGAUGCCUAGCAUUCUAGAUGAUGAUUUUGAUGAGUCCAUUUUGGAAGAAAUAGAUGCUUUCUGUGACUCUGCAGCAAAAACAGAGAGGCGGGUUCCAAGUGGUGAAGCUUUUGUGGAUAAUCAGCAUACUAGUAAUAGUAGUGGUGUACUUUGCCCCACUUUGGAGCCUGCCACUGGAGCAAAUGGGUCGGGUACUUCUCAGACCAUACAGACUGGGAACAUGCCUGAGGAGUACCUGAAAUAUUUGCAGUCUCUGAAUGACAGGCAAAGAGAAGCAUCAUGUUAUGAUAUUUCAAUUCCUUUGAUGAUUGUUGCUGGUCCAGGAAGUGGAAAGACUUCCACAAUGGUUGGGCGUGUGUUUAUGCUGCUUAAUGAGGGUAUUAGUCCAUCAAACAUUCUGGCAAUGACUUUUACUACAGCAGCAGCUUCUGAGUUGAGAGAUCGCAUUGGAGCAGUGGCUGGAAAGUCAACUGCUAAGGAGCUCACAAUCAGCACGUUCCAUUCAUUUUCCUUGCAACUUUGUCGUUCACAUGCAGAGAAGUUAGGGCGCACAUCUGAAUUCCUAAUAUAUGGUCAUGGGCAACAGAGAAAAGCAACCAUUGAGGCUGUGCGGUUAUUAGAAAGUGAGGAAAGUAUACAAAAUCAUAAUGCCUGCAUACUUGGUGAAGGGUCUAAUGGUAUAACGUCUCUGCAACAUCUUAAGGAUAAGUCGAGGAAAUGGCUGAAGUUUGUGAUGAAGGCUAAAGCUUCUGGAAGGACUCCUGAAGAAUGCCGUAAGAUGGGUGAUGACAUAGGAGCUGUAGUUCUUGGGAACUACAAUGACAUUUUAAGGUCUUGUAAUGCUCUGGAUUACCAUGACCUAAUCAGCUAUUCUGUAAAGCUGCUAACCGAUUUUCCUGAAGUAUUCAAGGAGUGCCAUGAUUUAUGGAAAGCCAUUGUAAUAGAUGAGUUUCAAGACACAAGUUCCAUGCAAUACAAUCUUCUGCGGAUUCUUGCAUCUCAUAACCACAUAACUAUUGUUGGUGAUGAUGAUCAGUCCAUUUUUAGUUUUAAUGGAGCUGACAUUUCUGGAUUUGAUUCGUUUCGCAAAGAUUUUCCGAACUACAAAGAGAUCAGACUUAAUAAAAACUAUCGAUCCACACGCUGUAUUGUUGAGGCUGCAUCUUCUCUUAUACAAAAUAAUAUUAACCGAUGCCAGUUAAAAGAUGUUAUCACGGAUAAUUCUUCUGGAUCUAAGAUAACUAUUAAAGAAUGUCAUAAUGAGGAUUCACAGUGUGCAUUUGUUGUUGACAAGAUCUUGGAAACUGCUUCUAAUGGUUCUGCUGCGAGCUGCUCCUAUGGCAACAUUGCAAUUCUUUACCGGAGGCAGGUAUCAGGAAAAGUCUUCCAAAUGGCCUUCCGUGAAAGGAAAGUACCUUUUAACAUUCAUGGUGUAGCAUUCUAUCGGAAAAAGGUUGUCAGAGCCAUUAUUGCUAUGCUUAGAACAACAUUGCCUGCUUGUGAUGAUGCCCCAUACCGUCAGGUCUUCAAGGCUUUACUUCCUUUUGAGAAAGAGGAAAAGAAGAGGGUAAUUGACCACAUUGACAAAAUAUCAACUAUUAGAAAAUGCAGCUUUGUAUCAGCUGCUUCCGACAUCUUUAGUGAAAAGAUUUCUGGUACCUUCAAGAGGAGUCAGCUCACCCAAGGACGCAAGGUGUUGUCAACACUUGAGAUAGUAUCAAAACUUGUUCACAGGGAACAAUCAAUUUCAGCUGUCAUAACCUCAGUAGCAAACAUGGUACCUCAGAAAUACCUUCUUGAGCAACGGGCAAUUGUUGAUGCUGAUGGAGGAAAAUUGUUGAAUGAAGACAAUGACAUCAGAUCUGUUCUUCAGUACUUGCUGGAUGACGUCUCUGAAUUUUUAUCAACUAAAUUCAUUGCUGCAGAAAGGGCUAGUAAAACUGUAGCAGAAGAAAAAGGUUGUGUCAAUGUGCUCAAGGCUUUUAUUGACUUCAUAUCAGAGCGUGAGAGAGAAAAUUUUCGCUCUAGGAGACAUAAUAAUGAAAACUCUGUCACCUUGACUACCAUUCAUCAGUCAAAAGGCUUAGAAUGGGAUGUUGUUUUCAUUGUUAAGGCAAAUGAAUUUGAAAUUCCUUUGUUGCAUGAAUUUAAUGGUAUUGCAAAGGAAAAUGGGACCUUAAUUGAGGAGGAAAGGCGCCUAUUAUAUGUUGCAAUGACUCGUGCUCGGAAAAGGCUUUUCAUUCUCUAUGUCAUGAUGGAUUCCAAUUGGCAGAUGCUUCAGCCAUCAAGAUUUCUCAAAGAAAUUCCAGAUCAUCUUCGAGAGGUUCAGGCUGAAGUCAGUAUACAAGAUUUACAAACAAAGCAGGAACACAUUCCAAAUGAAACCUUGCAGUUUUCCAUUGAUCUGCCAAGAGAAAAAGAACUUUCUGAAGUAGAUAUGGUGCCAGAUGAUUUCCUGAAAUCUUGUAAUUAUAAGGCUUCAAAAGAGUGGAAAGAACCAGUUGAGGCAAGCAAUGGGAAUGGAUUCUUAAGAAGGUUCAGUGUCGAGGAUAGAUUGGUUAUUUCCCAUUUAUUCCAUAAAUGGGCUAAGAAGCAAGCAUUUCAAAAUCCUAAGAGGUUGCUUGACAAGGUGGGCUUUGUGAUUGAUGAACGCCUUAGAGCGAAGAAAAACAAACACAAGGAUGUUUUGAGUGCGCUGAAGUCUUGCUUGAGCUGUGACGAAGCAUUUCAAUAUGCAGAAAAUGUUUUGAGAUGGGAGAAAAUUCCAGCUGAUCAACGUGCCCAUUUGAUGCGGGAAAAGCAGGAGCAUUUCCAAAAACUAAGGAUUGAGAAUUCAAUGGGUUCAUCAGCAGCAACAUGUAAACAGAUCUCUUAUUUGCAAAGUUUGGGAUGCACUGUCACCCCUACAUCGCGUCUCCAUGCUUCACGUUUGAUCGAGCAAUAUAAAUCAUUGUGAUUAUUCGCCAUUACAAUUCCUGCAUGUUGGGAAAGGUCAUAUUUGUAAAUGUCUCCAACGUUUUUGGUUAACGUUGUUUGAUAAAAUGAUUGUCACUUAUGAACUGUGGAGCCUAAAGAAAGGGCCAUGGCAAGAAACUCACAGUUGAUAUUGAAAGGCAUUGCUUGCUGCCUCGACAGAAGAAAAGGUCAGCGAGUUUAGGUUGAGGCCUACGAUGAACAGGAUGUUAGAAAGUUUUCAAAAUCAAAUAUAAUUAUAUGUAUAGUUUUACUUUCCUUUCUUUUAUUGAACCUAUUAAUAAUAAUCUUGAAUUCUCAAGGGGAAAAAGUGGAAAGAAAAAGAUGUUUAUUAAUGUCUCUACUAACAUACGUAUAUUUAUUAUUUUAAAGUGAUUGAGUGUAU